GCCUGUGAAGGGGGCUGGUCUCCGGGGCUUUACACUGGCCGACAGUAAGCAGGAAAUCAGGAAAUAAGCAAAGCAAAGGAACAAUGACAUGGAGAUUAGAGAUCAGUUAACCCCCUCCUCUGGGUGGCUGACCUGUUUGCUCAUUGACUAUGACUUCCUUUUAGACACAAGCACAAAAUCUAUGCGACACACACACACACACACACUCUUGAACACAUUUACCUCAACCCCUCUCAUUCUGUCCCUCUCUUAAACAGAUUCACAACAUUUCUUCCACAUGUCAGCCUAGAAGCUUCAACUUUACGCCCAGUUUUGCACAGGUAAUGGGUGCAGCCAACGGAUUGUCAGGAUUUAAAUUAACACUUAUGACUAAAAAGGCCGACUCAUAUCGCAACCUGGAUGAUAUCAUCUGAAGCCUGGAAGCAGGAUUACUUUAAAUGUAAACUUCAAGAAGGGGUGGGGGGGAGGAAAAGCCUCCACCUGAAUGCCUUUUCUACUCUGACCUCACCUGGCUUAUCUCUUAGACAGAGAGGACUUUCACCGGCAACACACCUGGAGAAGUCUACAGUGCAACAGGGAGUUUACACUGGGAAGGAUUAGCACUUAAAGAAAAAGUAGCAAGCGGAUUAAAACACGUGCCUAAACAGCAGCUACGACAAAAGGCUGCACAACCAGGUCUUCUCUGUAACUGUCGAACAAGCCCGAUCAUGUCGAGGAAGAGUUCACCAGGUUGUGAAGGUAGCUGCUGCUUCGGUUUCUGACGGAGAAGUGUGUGCAUGCAUGGGAUUCUACUGACCCUAUUUGUUCAGGAAGACAGAUGGCAUUAUGCUUUUAAAAUUCACCACUACCUGAGGAUUCUUCUGUCAAACAAAGGACGACCUACAAAAGGACACACUUCCGAGGACAUACAGAAACAUUGAAAUAUAUCUCAAACAGAUCUAGCAAGAUGCCGCUCAGAACAUCAUUGUACAGAAAGCCAUCCUCUGCUCGUUGGCCCAGCAGGAAGCGCAGGGAGGUGCUGUCGGUCAACAUGAUUAGCCUCCCACUGGCUGAUUUCCGACACAUCUCACACAUUGGCAAUGACGCCCAUACAGACAGCUUUGGAGACCUGUCCUUCUUAAAAAUGGGACACAAUCUGCUUCUACAGAGCUCCCAGAGUGAGCAGAAUCUCUUCCUGGCCUGUUCUCCACCACCCAAGCCCCCACGUUUGAACCUGGACGGGGCAGAGGGUGAAGAGAGCCCUGACUGGAAUGCAGGUCACCAACAAAAGAUGGCUCAGAAGAGGAAGAAAUGCAGCUCCAUGCCACUUCUGGACAGCAAGGAAGGAGACGAUCAGAUAGAAAAGGAGGCUGGGUACCAAAGAGGGAAUAAUGCUGCUUCCAUUCAGACUCACAGGUCUGGAUGUGGCAGCCUGAGCUCAGACAAGGACGGAGACUCCACAGACACCUAUGACACAACCGCUGGAGAGCAAAAGGACGAGGACAGUGGCUUUUCCUUCAGCCUCGACCUCGGCCCUUCAAUCCUGGAUGAUGUUCUGCAGGUGAUGGACAAACUACACAACUAGACCAGAUAUUUGGCAAACAGCAAAGAAAGGAAACAUUUGGAAAACAUUAAAGAGAUACAAGCUGAACUGAUUUUAUGGGACAAAACAACAUCCUGGUAUGAUGGUUGUUGUUUGAAUAUACAUGGAGCUUUUUGAAUCUGGCAUCAACUCAGGACUGACAUUUUUGAUGGAUAUAAACUACUACAUUGACAAGACUGAUGAACUGAUGAGAAAUGAUGACUUUCUUUUAUUUUUCAGCCAAAGGUUUUGUGAUUUUUUUUUUGGUGUCUGGAGCACACAGAAGCCAACAGUAUAUUUUCUUUAAAGAGACCCUUUGCAGAGGUGAAUAUAAAGUUUUAGUUAAUAACUGACUUCUGUCUAAAGCUUUGUCAAAACUCAAAGCUGGACACUUUAACCUUCCUCUAGUUUCCUCUUUAGCUAAUGUACUGAAAACGGCUGUUAAGACUUAAAGAGUGUUGUGUUUAAGAAUAGAAAAGUUGCGGCUGGAAUCCAAGGUCCUCUAGCUGCGAUGUCUUGGCUCUUGGCGUGCUUGCCAAUCUAUUGUGUGCACAGGGCAAUUUUUCCUCCGCACGCAUCCCAGAGGCCCCACUUUAAGGUAGACCGAGGUACCCCCCAUCUCUCGUUCCCAACAAUGCAGUGAAAACAAACACUUAGCUCUGCUUCCAAUAAAGGCAGCCAGUAGUGGCAGGUUGGGCUGCGGACCAAGCCAGGCCACAGGUCCAAGACCUCAGAGGGAAAAAAAAAAGAAAAAAAAAGAAGCCAGAACAGGCUGUUUUCUUAGCUGCAAAUCAGAGUCCCAUGCUCUGGUGAGUGCCGCACGAGAAGGAAAGGGGUAAAGGGAAACGUGAUACUUCCACAUAUGCAGGGGGUGUCGAGGGAGGAGGACCAGAAACAUCCAAUACUGCAGCAAAAGUCCUGAUGAAGGUUUAAACACUACCUUCUGACCAAACAGACCCCCAACACGCGAAAAGUGCAAUGCGUGACUCCCACUUACGCUGACAUCGAACAUUUUUUUGACGCAUGAUCAAAAUGAAAUUUUUGCAGACAAUCUUAGGUCCACUUUUUCUCAGGUCUGUGCCUUAGCAGGGGGUUGCCAUGAAGACUGUCGAAUUCCUAUGUUUCCCACGAACACUCCCGAAUACAUGAUCGACAAUUGUCCCGCUUCUAGCAAUAGAUAUGAAAUUCUAUAUAUGUCAAAACAGAAACAGAAAUGUUUGUGGGUAGGUCUGCAGUCUAUAUCUGUUUUGGCAUCUCCCAAUUUAAACUGGAUAUGAAUGUUCCUUUUUCCUUCUAUAUCCUAUGACAAUAACACAUUGUGAAACAUUUCAUGCAUUGAAAACAUGUACUGUUUUGUGUUUUGGGGAAGUAAAGCAAAUAUCUUUCAAAUUCCAAAAUUGGUGGUUUUGUGGAUAGAACUUCAUGUCAACAUUUUUAAAAAACUCGUUUGAGAUUGUUCCUGAUGGACAGACAUUUAUUUGGCUUUUGAACCGUCAGCAGCCACUGUGGAGGCAAUAAGCCUCGUCUGUCACCAACAGCUGACAGUUUCAGAGGGCGGUAAUAUACCUUGAACUAUCCAACACAACAAGCGGCUCAGUAUUAUUUGGAAGAGGAUAGACACACAACCCAAAAUUAGACAGGCAUGUCGAACAGGAUUUUGUUUCUGUGUGUUUUUCCCCAACAAAUAUUGUCAUAGAGCAAGAGGGAUUUUGAAGCAUCUGUUGAUAAUUUCGGCAUAUAGAGUACUGCCCAGGAAAAAACAGCCAUUUUUAAUAGCAAAAUAAUGGUGGAGCAAAUGUGUCAGCUUUUUCUACAAAAUUAACUUUUUAUUUAAAGAUUGUUUGCUUUGGGCAGAGUUAUCACAUCUACUUCAAUGGCACUUAUUCAAAAUCGAAUCUAUUCAGCCAGAAGAAGAAAACCACUGACUCAUUGUAUGAAAACCCAUCCUUACUCAUAACCUCCCUCAAACAUGAACAUUUUCUUCCUGCAGAGGCCUCGGCUGCUAUGGCUCUCAUCCCAGUGCAGAAAAUCACUUCAACUUAAGCUCAGCAGGUGUCUGCUACAUGACUGAUGUGAGAAAAAAAAGUCAUCUGAAUUGAAAAUUAUCUCAACAAAUUAUCUUGUCUGCACUGCACAAACUGUACGAACUGUGACAUUUCCCUAUUCCAUCUGGUACCACUUCUCUCCUUGCUGUCAUGCUGAAUACCAAGAAACCCUGUCAUCUCGCUGAGAAGAGUAUAGCUCUCAUGAGUCAUUUAUUUUGUCAGGUAUUAACUGAAAGCUUUGUAAUAUUAUUCUGGAAAAUAAGAGCGGUGUCCCUCCUGCUGUUAUUUCAUCUCCCUGAAUAAAAAUAAGGAUGCUUCUAAAAUAUGUAGCAUGAGUUUACAUGGUUUCACAAACAAAAGGAGAUUUGCUAAAGUUAUAUAUUGUAUGCUGCCUGUAUAUAUUCAGAGACUUGAGCCACAGAGAGUUAGUCCUACUCAGAGUAUCUCUGUAUGAACAGUCUGAUCUUUUGUUCCCUUAGGGUUUCUUUUACACAGACAUGAUAUCCCCAACAGCUCCAAUCCAGUGUCUUCAUUCUAUUUCUAUUCAACCAUGAAACACAGUAUGAAUAGCAGGUUACUAAUAUUCAUAAUUAAGCUGCAGAUUUGGCUGUAAUAUGCGGUUUGUCACAAUUGGUUGCCAAAUUUCUUUCGGUGGAGGGCCACACUGUGCAGGGUGUUCACUGGUUUUAAACUGCCAUGUCGACUUUGCUUUGUAAAUGAUGAACAACAAAAGAACCCUACCCUUAAAACAAGAGGAGCAUCGACAAACAAGCUAAACAGGAGCCUUGCUAGCAGGCCCUCCUUAGUGUCCGGUUUACAUUCAAGAGCAACAAAGAAACACUGAUUACUUGUACGCUAUGCUAUGAUUCAUAAUCUCAAUCAAUCACCAGGUCUAUUCAUUUUGCAGAGCUCUGUUAUAUUUUGGCUCCCGACUAGAACCUUGUCAAUGCUGGCCAUCGAAGGAUUACUGUUACACUUGGUUUGUUAAGUUUAAAGCCGGCUAUGCUGUUGCUCCUGCAAUUCUCUGAGUACAAUGACACAGGUAAAAAAAAAAGAAUAGUGCAGCUUUGACUGACGAAAUAAGAGUUAAGUCCGGGUCUUUUUGUAUAACGAUUCAAAUUUCCGACUUUCACGCAGCAUCCCUGAUUUAUAAUAUUGCUUUCUACUUCUGUCUUUGUUGGGAGUAAAAUAAAAUAAAACCUGCUGUUCUCUCCCCUACAAGUGUGUUAUCUUGAUUCAGAGAGGGCGUCAGUCUAGGGUCAAUAAUGGCCACAAACACCAAGUCUCUUAAAGACUAGGGCUAUUUAAUUUGAGUAGACACUUAAGCACUAGCAAACUGGAGGACGGGAAAAAGACUCAGAGAAUGGCUGCUCUUUAGCAUCUGCUUUUGUUGUGGCAAACAUGCCAUGACUCUUCAGCUCUAGACGGAGGCAACAGGCAUAAAAGGCUUAAAUGUACGUAUUCAGAGCAUGCUGAGCUAAACUAUGUGAUAGCAGUGAUUCAUGUAAGCAUUACAUCUACGAUGACACAGACUUGAGGUCUGGCAAAGACAAAGCGGAUAUUUCGAUGGUCAUUUCCACAUCCUAGACCGUCUUGGAGGUGUGAUAUGAUUCAUUAGUUUGACUGUGUGUUACCAUAAAGGCAGCCACACACUAACACAGUCUGAGCCCGAAACAGUUUCUGUCACCACAAAAACAGCAAUUAAUUCAAAAUACUGUUUAUUUUCUGACGUCAGGAUCAUUCAGAAACCAUGACUAAUUCCGGAUUGGCUGAGAUUUUGCAACUGUGUACAAUACAACUCUAAUAGAAAUGCACUGAUGGGAAUGACUUCUUCUAUAAACCCGCCAUUUCUCAAUCUCUAAGUCUGAUGGUUUAUUAUGU